CACUAAGUGCAGCAUAUAUAUAAAUGCGUUUCAUCAUCAGAUUUGUAUGUAUAUUGUGUCAGUUCGCCUUUGUUUUUUAAUUGCUAGUCCGUCAAUUAAGAAAUGCUUUUACGGUGUGUGUCCAACUAAUCGGGAUAACCUUUCCUCGGGACGAGCCCACUGGAAGGGCUGUUUGGGAGCAUAAACAAUGGAAAGGGUUGCAUCUGUGGGAGCGUGUAUGUUUGUAUACGUAUACCCACACCAUUGUUACGAUGCACCUGGAAGGCCAAAAGAGAAAUGCAGUGGAAAGUGUAUUGUUGCAGUGUGUUAGCGAUCCUGGCCAGCUGAGUGGCUGCGCGGAUUAGACACAGUGCUAUCCGGUUCUACACAGAUACUGGCGAUCCAGGGUUUGGCCUGGUGUCUAGACAUUUUGAAAAGAAAGUGAGGAAAACAGUGUGUGCGUGUAUGUAAAUAGAUGUAUUUUCCCAUUCCUUUGUACCGAAAACAAAGCAAAGUUGAUUAAUACGAGCUAAGACAGUCGGGGGCGAAAGUAUUGGCCAAAACAGAUUCCUUAAAUUUCUCUCUUCUCAAGUGCUCCAAAAUAAGCUUAUCGUCAAACUUUAGCUGCUAUCUGUUAUGACGUAGUAAAAUUUGUAAGAUUUUAAAAUAAGGUUAUUCAUUGUUGAUGUCAAACUUUUACGAUUCCUGAUAAUUUUUUGCAUAUGUCCAGCUAUUUUAGGAGACUAAUAUUUCUUGCAGUACUGAAUUUAAUUAAGGGAUAGUUACAAUUGCGUUCUAUUCCACAACAGACCCCAUUGUUUGAAGUCUAUGAUAUGGGGGUGCACUUUUGCUGGUGGUGUGGGUGAACCAGUUUUCUCCCAUGGAGCAUUAAAAAUUAUAGAGGUAAUUUUACAGUCCAAAAAAGAAAUCGCAUGAGUAUGAGUAAGAAAACUCCAUAACCUUUAAAUGCGACACAAUCAAAACAAAAGUGUUGUCGAAAUUUCAAUACAAGUCAAGACUAGUUGAAUCAUACUAAAUGUGUUAAACAGUAUAAAACUUUAGCUUUGAGAUAAUAUAAUUUAACUUUUCUAAUUUCCCUCGGUUUCCCAAGUAUAUGAAUGAAGCCAUGCCAACAUUUUAGUCAACGACUGUGCGGCCAUCAGCUAGGGAUGUACAUACGCAAGUAAAAUGCAUGUACAUUGCACUUACACAUGUAUAUACAUACAAAUGUAAUGUGUAGGAAAAAAAAGAGCCGAAUGAAAAUACCCUUGAUUUUGAUAUUGAUUGAUUUUGACUAUUGACGAGAUUAGCAGACUCGAUAAGUGGCUCUCUCAUUUUUGGGUAGUAAUAUUUGUAAGGAAGCUUUUAAACAAGAUACACCACAAACUGCACUUUCCAUAGCAGCGGGUUAAAGGUCGAACCACGAAACAAAGUUACAUAUAAAGCCCCAAAUGAGGCAUUAAUUAUUUUCUGGGACCCGUACCCCGUCAAUAGAAUGAUAACGAACUGCAUUCUUACAAUGUAACAGGAAUAUAAUGUGCUAUACCUCCACUGCAGGUCGUAGAUUGAACUGCUAUCAGCAAGUGCUAUCAACUGCCAUAAACGGAGCCACAAUCACGAUAACAUCACUUGAGCAAUCGUCGACUCAGGCCGCAUAGGCCCAUCAGGCAGCGGUUCAGGUUGGAGGCACUUGCUCGGCAUCGGGUUCCGGUAGAGAGGCUGAGCCUGAGGCAGAGCCUGCUUGUUGCUGCCGCGUUCGCAAAGGACUCAAAAUUGAUAGAAACAACAAAAAGUCUGCUGCAACUGGUGCCUCAUCUGAGGACCAGCCGCCGCGCAAAAAGGGUCGUCGCUCAGGAGGCUCAGGCUCCGCGUCCUCAUCCGCUUAUUCCACUUCCCCUGCCGCAGGAUCAGUUGAUGCGGCAUCCACGUCGCGAGCGGCCCAGCAGUUACAGCUCCAACUAAACUCAUCCAGUUCUACAGAGCGCAGCACGGCAGCAUCCGCAAAUCCUAGCAGAGGGCACCACAAACCGAUAGACAGCAACAAAAGACCACGCGAUCGUAGUAGCAGCAGUACACAGGGCUCCGAGGCAACCAUGCAGAGCACCAGUUCCACGUCGAGCGGCUCUUGCUCCAGGCCCCUCGAGGGUUCCACACUCAAUUCCGGCGGCAGUGCCGAGAACGUGGCUCGCGAUGGAGGCAGUGGCGAUGACAGCGUCGGCAUCGGUGAUGAGAAUCCAUCGGGCAGCAGCGCCGCCACGAACGGACACGACUCCAAACACAACGGCUUCAUUGUCAACAAUAACGGCAGCAGCAGUCGCAUCGUCGACGGCGAGAACAAUCGGGAAAACACCAGCUGCAGCGGUGUGCAGCUGGACAAGUCCAACCAAGAGAUCAUCCGGCUGAUCGGACAGUAUCUGCAUGACGUCGGUCUCGAUAAGUCAGUCCAAACGCUCAUGUUGGAAUCCGGAUGCUACUUGGAACACCCCUCUGCAACCAAGUUUAGGGAGCACGUCCUAAUGGGUGACUGGUCAAAGGCAGAUUCAGACCUUAAGGACCUAGAGCCACUAAUCGACAAUGGGAAAUUGGCAACGAUCACCGAAAUGAAGUUCAUAUUGCUGGAGCAAAAGUAUUUAGAGCAUUUGGAUGAUGGCAAUCCCUUGGACGCCCUUCACGUCCUUCGCAGCGAGCUGACUCCCCUGCAGCACAACAUAACGCGUGUGCACCAGCUGUCCUCGUACAUGAUGUGUUCUACCAACCAAGACCUUUACCAGCGUGCCAAGUGGGAGGGCAAGGGCAUCCUGUCGCGUGCCUUGGUCAUGGAGCGCCUACAGACAUUUAUGCCGCCGUCGGUGAUGAUGUCGCCACGGCGCCUGCGCACCCUGCUGCAGCAGGCCGUGGAGCUGCAGAGCCAACACUGCCCCUGCCACGACAUGGCGUGGGAGACGAAUCUGGAGACAGUCUCGCUGCUCACCGACCACUGCUGCACCACGGACGGCUUUCCAAUGCAAACUAUUCAGAUUCUCACCGACCAUUGCGACGAGGUCUGGUUCUGCAAGUUCUCGCCCGAUGGCCUCAAGCUAGCGACGGGCAGCAAAGACUCCACUGUGAUUAUCUGGGAUGUUGAUCCGUACAAGCUGACCCUUAAGCACCGUCGCGUUCUCGACGGUCAGGCCCAGCUUAGCGUGAGCUUCGUCAGCUGGAGCCCCGACUCCAAGCUCAUCCUUGUCGGCGGCACCGAGGACUCCCAUGAGCUCUACAUCUGGAACGUGGACGACGGCAAGCUAGUGGUCAAGUUCUCGCAGUCUCUGGAGGACAGCCUGGCCUGCGGUGCCUUCAGUCGCGAUGGCGCUCGAUUCGUCUGCGGCGGCCAGAAGGGUCAGCUUUACCUAUGCGACCUCAACGGUACCAUCGUGGACUCCUGGGAGGGAGUGCGCGUAAACAGCAUAGCCUUUCGGGCGGACAACAAAACGAUCUUAGCGGCGGAUAAUCAUUACCGAAUCAGAGGGUACAACUUUGAUAGCCCGCGUUCAGACUUUGAUAUUCUGAGGGAGCCACAUCCCAUAAUGACCUUUAGUAUCAACUCCGCCGACCGCUUGGCCUUGCUGAACGUCUCGAACCAAGGCCUUCACCUUUGGGACAUCGAGGACAAGUGCCUUGUGCGCCGUUUCCAGGGAAUACGUCAGAGCAACUUCGCCAUCCACUCCUGCUUCGGCGGCGUUAACGAGAGCUUCGUUGCCAGCGGCAGUGAGGACAAGGUUGUCUACAUUUGGCACAUCAAGCGCGAGGAGCCGCUGGCCAAGCUGGCCGGGCACACUAAGACGGUGAACUGCGUGUCCUGGAAUCCCGUGUACCCGUCCCUGCUGGCCAGCGCAAGCGAUGACGCCACCGUGAGAAUCUGGGGACCGAAGCCCAACGGCAGCAGCGCAACGACUGAGAGCGACGAUUGCUCUUCUAGCUCGUCUUCGUCCUCCUGGAAUAUGACUUAAGGUCCCGAGCAGUAGCAAAUGGAUGUGAGUGGGAUAGAUUUUGGAUGCUGAUAUAGUUAUAGUGCGCCCUGAUUUCGAUAUAAAGCUUAAUGCGUACCGCUCUGAUGGCGCAUCGGGGUCGUCGUUGCUACAAACUGCCAUUACAACAAUAUGUAUGAGCAGCAUGACUUACGAUUAGCAUUAAUUACUUAAGUACAUUAAUACGAAAGGAGAGGCAUAACAUCAUAUCUACUAUGCUAUAACAAGAAAUCGAUUCGUUCUCAGAUUUCUUUUUUAUAUAUGUAUGCAUACGGCGAUGCGAAUUAAUAUUUCCGGCCUAUAUUAGCGACUCUUCUCGAUCUUUUCAUUUAUUAAAAGUGCGAUCGACCUGCUUGGUUUUCAAAUUAUUAAAGAUUGCCAUUUGAUUUGUUCUAUGCAGUUUCCGACAUUUAGUAUGUAACACGAUUUGACGUAAUUGAUACCCAGCAGACACAAUAAAAGUAGUUCUAUAUAUGUUUUU